AUGUUGGGCAAUCUUUCUCCACCGGCACCUGCCGUACUCAGAGACUCGAGGGCCGCAUCGACGCAUGAAGCGCCGCCAAAAAAGCUUUCGGAUCUGUCCGACGUCAAGCUCGUAGGCUACGAGGAUCCUCGAAACUGGAGCUCACCUCGAAAAUGGUCGACUGCAGCCAUCAUCAGCUUCAUGGGCUUCAUAUCACCGUUGGGCUCCUCAAUCGUCGUUCCAGGUUCGCCUUUCGUCGAUAGGGAAUUCAAUUUGCCAAGUCGAACGGUUGCGCUGUUGCCCGUCUCGAUGUUUGUCUUGGGCCUUGGCAUGGGACCGUUCUUGCUUGCGCCAGCCAGCGAGCUCAAAGGCAGACAACCUGUCUACGUCCUCUCUUCGCUCGUCUUUGUAGCUUUCAACGUCGCCACUGCCGUCGCUCCCAACAUGACCGCCCUCAUCAUCCUUCGAUUCCUAGCUGGCGCAGCAGGCAGUGCGGGACCAAGUCUUGGCGCAGGUAGCAUCGGUGACAUGUUCGCUCCUAACGAGCGCGGUCGUGCACAAUCGCUCUACGGUCUUGGUCCACUGCUCGGACCUGUAUGCGGUACCGUAGCUGGCGGUUGGAUCGUUCAGGAUAUCAGAUCUUGGCGUUGGCUUCUGUGGACACUGACCAUCUUGUCUGGCGCCGUCCUCUUCAUCAUCGCUGCGUUACUUCGUGAGACCUAUGCACCCGUACUACUGGAACGCAAAAAACGGAGGGCGGCCAAAGAGCGCCUCGACCAGCUUCCCGCUGCCGUUGCAAACGGAUUAGAUCCCACGGAAGCCGCCAUGGAGGAGGACUUGCUUCGCCGUGCCGCCACAUCUGGCGCACCGAGAGGCAUGAGUCUGGUGCGCCGGGUUCUUUUCGAAGUCACGCCGGGCGUCGCCGCCCGCACCAAGACCAAAGUCGCCUUUACUCGACCUUUUCGGCUGCUUUUCACCAACCCCAUCUGUGCCGUCUUCUCCAUCUACAUGGGUUUCAUCUACGGCAUCAUCUUCCUGUUCCUGACACAGCACCCGCUGCUUUAUCAGCACCGAGAGCCAGACGAGGAGGCGCCCAGACCGGACCAGCUGCCUACCUACGAUUGGAAGCCCGGUCCUGCUGGCCUCACCUAUAUUGGUCUUGGGUUGGGAUUCUUGACGGCUGCUUUGAUCAAUGUCCUGUUGCAGGAUUCCAUCUAUCGUCGUCUCGUCGCUUCUAAUGGCAAGCUUGGCUGGUUCUUGUUCGACCUGCCAGAGGUCAUCGAGGCCAGAAUGGCUGACUCCAAGCACAUCGGCAUUGCUCAACGGGAGCAUGACAUGGAAGCUAGCGCCAUGCCACCCGUAGCAGCACCUGUCUCCGCGGAAAAAGUUGCGCCGACGCCACACUCCUCGGAAGCUCCCGUAGCGGAGAAGCAUGCGGCCGGAAACAAAGCUGACGCACGGGUCACGACGCCUGCACUGCCCAUGCCCGUCCGAAAAGGUCGACCAGAAUAUCGUCUGCCGCUUUGCCUCUUGGGCAUGAUUAUUCUGCCCAUGGGUCUCGUCAUUUUUGGAUGGGCAGCAGACCAGCGCGUGCACUGGGUAGCUCCGCUGGUAGGCUCAUACCUCGUGGGUAUGGGUUCCAUCUUGCCCUUUCAAGUUAUCCUCGUCUAUCUCGUCGACGCCUUCAUUCCCUUCUCGGCAUCAGCAACAGCCUGCGCCGUCCUCGUGCGAAGCAUCCUCGCCGCUGUAUUCCCGCUCUUCGCUCAGCAAAUGUUCGUUGCAUGGGGCUUUGGAGGUGGGAGCACUUUCCUUGCCGGCAUCUCGCUUCUUGCCGUGCCCGUACCCAUUGUUCUAUACCGCUACGGCGAGCAGCUGAGAGAACGCUUCAAAUUCCGCCAGUGA